AUGAGCUCUAAAAGAGAAUCAAAAGAUCAGAACAUCAGAACGGCUAACCCUAGGCAAAAGAUGUCGGCUAAAGAGAUGCGAGAUGAAUUGUUACGCUAUGGACAUGAAGGGAAAAUUAACUUGGAUAAUAUUUCAAAAGAAUCAAUUAUUUCCAACUGGAUUACAACUUUUUCACGUAAAUGGAAACAAUCUAUGACUCUUAGGAAUAUGAAAGAAGCAGAAAAUGCCUAA